AUGGCAAAAUCAACUCAGCGUAGGAAGACGAAUAGAGGCUCACGGAUAUUACACCAAAAGCUUCUUCCAACGAUUCCAGGACCAUGUCAUGGCCCUGUUAAAGUGCCUGUACGGAUUCAUGAACGUACAGGGACUAAAUAUAUUCCUCUCUAUAAAAUUGAACAGAUGUAUCCAAGGAUGGUUCGGUUAGAAGUCGAUGGAAGAACUCUCGAACCUCAAGUUGGAUUUCGUUCGAGUCGACGAAGGCGCCAGCAGCAACAGCAGGAUAUCCGGAAGCAAUCGAACCAUACAAAUAAAAAUACGGUUACAGAAAGUAAAGUAAACGAUAAAAGAGCCAGGAACACAAGGGGAUAUAGCGAUGCUUCACGGGAUAGUAGUGGCGAUGAUAGUGAUGACGAUGUUAUCUGGGUUCAUUAUCAGCCUAAACAAGUCAUUCACGUCGUUCACGAUUGUUCUCUCCUUCAAGAAGUCCUACCUACGAAGCAACAACAACAACAACAACACCAGCAGGAGCAAAAUAUACCUUUUCCAUCACCACAUCCAGUUGCGGAUGCCCACUGCAAUUUAUCAGAUUCGCUCUUUCAAAGGUUAUGCAGUGGGGUUGAGAAAGUGGUCUCUAAACAAGGCGAGCGACUAAGUCAAGACCUGAUCAAGUUACUUGAGCUGGCUUGUAAAGAACAGAGGCAACGGGGACAGCAGGAAAGCCUGGAACAUCUAGAACAUCAGCAGCGCCAAAAAUAUCAAGAGCAGCAGGAACAACCUCAAGAGCAGAAAGACCAGCAGGGACAGAAGCAACGAAAGCGUCCAUUUCGGAUCGACAAUGAUGAUGAUGAUGAUGCCAGUGGCAAUAGCGAUGGUAAUGACGAUAGGAGCAAUGUUAGUCACAACUCUAGACCUAACCAUCGAAUGGAGUAUUCUGGAAAGACAUUACUUCUAAUGAGGAGCCGAUCCAAUAGUAAUGGUAGCAGUGAUACCAGUAGUAACAGCAGUGAUAGUGGCAGUAACAGCAGCGAUAGUGGCAGUAAUAGCAGCGAUAGCAGCAGCAAUGGUAGCAGCAGCAAUGGUAGCAGCAGCAAUGGUAGCAGCAGCAAUGGUAGCAGCAGCAAUGGUAGCAACAGCAGUGGUAGCAGCAGCAGUGGUAGAACUGGUGUCAGCCCUAGUAAUGGUCUCAUUAGGGAUGAUAGCAGCACUAACUCUUCUGAAUGUUUCUCGUAUUCAUCAAGCUCCUCCGAGUCAGGAUUUUUAGGAAGCAUUGUCCCUCCUUCUGCACAGAAAAAGCGUGGCCGUCUUCAUCACGAUCAGGACUACAAGCCUGCCGACAAAAAUUCUGCUCCACCAAAAUCCAACAACAUAGAUCGUCAUAAGCACAAUAGUGAUGAUACUCAAAGCCUAAGCAAUGGUGGUGAAGCCCCGAACUAUCAAAACUAUCGUAUUCAUUUUUAUGUAGGUUCCGUACCAGGAUCCAGUGACGAGUUUCAGCAAACUAAAGAGGAGGGCUCGAAGCGGGCCGGCCGUAAACGAGGCCUAUCCAUAGAUAGCACAACCAAGAGCCAAAUCAAAUCAACCACUGCCUCGCCUAGCGUGAUGGCGGCCCAGCCCACACAGUAUACAUCUAAUGGACCCUUAACUGAUGGAGACCAAGAUCAACAGCCUCAAUGCAAGAAAUUAAAGCGGUUUCCGCGCACUACUGAUAUUAUUAAAAGCCAAAAAACAGGUGCUGCUAUUGGGAAAACAGUAGAGCUAAUGAGGCCAGAAACAGCAACUGCAGGGAUAACAAAGAACUCAGAAGAGCUUAGCGCACGUGCUCCAACCAUCAUAGUGAUAGAGGCUUCACCACCAUCAGCACAGUUUACUAAAUCUUCUUACGAAGGCUUAACAAAAUUCGUAGAAAGAUGUGGUGGGAUGAUUGAAUGGGUAAAAGAUGAUGCAAAUCGGGACGAUGGGCUAAAGAUAAGCAUUACACUAACAAGCUCGAUGGAAGCCCUCUCGUUCUAUAGGCUUCUUAUUCAAAGCGAGAACAAGAAGCUGAAAGAGCGACAAUCACAACAACUGAGAAAAUGGCUCAACAUCGCUUUGGAUUGGGUAUGGGAUCAACAGGACUUAGAAGACCUUGUCAAUGCCAUCACCAAAGCCUCAGACAUCCAGGCUUUAAUACUGGAUUGCCGCCGCUCUUCUACUUUCUCUACCCCUUCCCCUCUAUCUGACUUCCUUUCGAGUGCUUAUACCAGCAAACAAGAUAGAGACUCUGUCUGUUCUUCAUUCCAGCGUCUAAUAGAGCACGAAAGACUUGAGGAAUUGCGCUUGCUUUCUGUACCUAGGUUUGUUCGUUUUCAAGGAGAGCAUCAGCAACAGCAACAACAACAGCUUCAUCAGAAGCAGCAGCGUUAUUCUAGCGUCAAUGGUGGUGGCAAAGUGGAAAAGCUACUUAACUUGAAAGUACUGCAAGUGCAGUUUUAUUUUCCAGACGCCUCGCACAAUUGGUCUAAAGGCCAUACGGAUCGAAUUCUGCAAGUUGUAAAGCGCGCAGUCCAGCUCGAGCACUUGACCUUGGAUUGCCCGUCAGAUCUCUAUCACAGUUGUCUAAAACAACUAAUGAGUGAUAGAGAUGAGGCUUUGAGAAGAAAGCCCUAUGGGAUUACACCAAGCAUCAACGUUCAAUUUAAUUACCAAAACUCGCCUGUCUUGUCCGUAAAGGUGACCCAUGGUGGUAAUAGCGCUGCCAUACGCGAUAAAGGAAUUAUUUCAUACGCUACUGCUACUUCUGCCACUUAUACUGAUACCAGAAUACAGGAGUUCACCGUUAACCUUGUGGGCGCAAAGCCUGGUAAGGUCGGGUGGUUAUCUCUCCUGUCUAGCUCUGGAUUGAAGAUGCCUUUCAAGUCCUUGACGGCCCUGAGGCUCAGGAAUCUCCAUGACAAUACCUGGGUGGGUGUGAUUACGAAGUGGAUGGGUAGCAAUAACACUUAUAAUACUAAUGGUUCCUAUCAUCGGCAGAAUCCGCAGCAGCAGCACCAAUACUCCGGAGUACUGGUGACGGCAGAGCUUUCGCUACAGGAACUGGAGAUUGAUUGCCAGAGCCUCAACUAUGAACGGUUUCAAGAACUUUGUGGUUCUCUCCUUUCCAGAACAAAACUGACUUUGAGAUCACUAAAACUGACAGACUUAAAUCUCCCUCCAGGAGAGAACGAUAAACGGAAGGGAUCACCGGUGGCGCCCCUCGAAAAGGAAGAAGGGGAGCUCAGCCCGGAUGAGGUAGUUCCGACGAAACAUACUAUUUACAAUGGUAAUAGUAGCGUAAAUGCCUGGGAAUGCUUGUUCAAGUCACUAGAUUUUUCGAAAUUAUUGAAAUUACAGAUAGAACGCACUAAUAUGGGGAAUAAGGAAGCCACUUUGCUGGUGAAGUACCUCGAAGCUUCAGUAAAAAUUGUAUCAGGACCAGCAUUGACAUCCCCAGCUACUAAAGCUAUCAGCCAUCGUCUUCAGAAGCCCAGUCGUUCAAAGCUCGGGCUUAGUGGGUUGUCGCUAUUGAACACACAGAUCACGGCCAGGGGGAUGAAGGAGUUAAUCUUAGUGGCGGAAAAGAACCAAUGGGACUUCAAACUUGAGAUGUAG